AUGAAAAGGAUCUACAGAAAAUGCUUCACAAACACCGAUCCCUCCAGUCACCAGAACUUCAACAACAGAAACCACUGCACUUACAAAUACCUUUCCACUGUCUACCACCGCUUUACCAACCACUGCCGCUACACUGUAUCCUACUACCAGCCAUAUUGGAACAACACCAGGUGUGUACCCAUAUAAGGAACUUAUCAAUGUCUUUCUGUAUGUCUAUCUGUCUAUCUAGCGAUUUCUAUAUAUACAUGAACAUAGAUACAUAUACAAUAAGACCAAAGUUUGAGUCCUAAAUGGAUGUCUCCAAAACCCAGACAUUAUUUUCCUUUAAAAAAUGUUUUAGUACCAUGUAUCAUUUAUAUAAAUCUACAUGUAUUGUUAACUAAGUAUUUGUUAAAUUGCAUUUAAAUAUCAAAAGAAUCUACAGAAACGAUUUCUCAAACGUCGAUCCCUCCUGUCAUCAGUACUUUACCCACAAAAACCACUGCACUUACAAAUACUGUUCCUCUGUCUACCACCGCUUCACAAACCACUGCCACUACAUUGUAUCCUACUACCAGCCAUACUGUAACACCACCAGGUGGGUACCCAGAAAAGGUUUUUAUCGAAAUCUGCUUUUCUGCCUACCUGCUUCUCUGUCUGUCUCUUUAUUUACAUGUACAUAGACCAUAUGACCAAUGUUCGAGUAGUAAAUGAAUAUCUCCUGAACCUAGACAUUCCAUUCCAUUAAUAAAUUCUUUUGUACUAUGUAUAAUUUAUAGUAAUCUAAAUGUAUAUUUUACCAAGUAUCUGUUAUAUUAUACUUAAAUAUAAAACGAUCUACAGAAACUGCUUCACAAACACCGAGUCCUUCAGUUACUAGUACCUCAACAACAGAAACCACUGCAAUCGCAAAUACUGUUCCACUGUCAACCACUGCUUCACCAACCCCUGCCACAACAUUGUAUCCUACUAACAGCCAUACUGUAACAGGACCAGGUGGGUAUCCAGAUAAGAUACAUAUAUCAUAAGACCUAUCUAUCUAUCUAUCUAUCUAUCUAUUUCUUUAUCUAUCUCUAUAUAUACAUGAACAUAGAUACAUAUACCAGAAGACCAAAGUUUGAGUGAUAAAUGAAUAUGUUCAAUGCAUAUACAUUAUUUCCCUUCAAUAAAUCCUUUAUUAUCGUAUAACUUUUAUAUUAAUCUACAUGAAUAUUUUAUUACGUAUACGUUAUAUUACAUUUGAAUAUGAAAUGAUCUACAGAAACUGCUUCACAAACGCUGAUACCUCCUGUCACCAGUACUUCACCCGAAGAAACCAUUCCAAUCACAAAUACUGUUCAUCUGUCUACCACCGCUUCACAAACCACUGCCUCUACAUUGUAUCCUGCUACCAGCCAUACUGUAACAGCACCAGGUGGGUACCCAGAAAGGCAUUUAUCGAUGCCAAACUGUCUCUCUAUCUAUUUCUAUAUAUACAUGUACAAAUAACAGAAGAACACAGUUUGAGUGGUAAAUACUACUGAAAAAGCACCAGGUGUGCACUCGUAUGAGGUAUGUAUUGAUGUCCUCUGUCUGUCUAUGUCUCUGUCUUUCUCUCACUCUCUCUGUCUGUCUGUCGAUCUAUCUAUACAUCUACAUAGAUAAAUAUACCAUAAGAGCAAAUUUUGAGUGGUUAAUGUAUGUCUCCAAACACAGACAUUGCUUUAUUUUAAUAAAUGCUUUAGUAUCAUACAUCUUUUAUAUUACUCUGCAUGUAUCUUUUUCUAAGUAUCUUUUCUAUUAAAUUUAAAUAUCAGAAGGAUCUACAGAAACGACUUCUCAAACACUGAUCCCUCCGGUCACCAGUACUUUACCCACCACAAACACUGCACUUACAAAUACUGUUCCUCUGUCUACCACUGCUUCACAAACCACUGCUACUACAUUGUAUCCUACUAGCAGCCAUACUGUAACAGGACCAGGUGGGUAUCCAGAUAAGAUACAUAUAUAAUAAGACCUAUCUAUCUAUCUAUCUAUCUAUCUAUCUAUCUAUCUAUCUAUCUCUUUAUCUAUCUCUAUAUAAACAUGAACAUAGAUACAUGUACCAUAAGACCAAAGUUUGAGUGGUAAAUGAAUAUGUUCAAAGCCUAUACAUUAUUUUCAUUCAAUAAAUGCUUUAUUAUCGUAUAACUUUUAUAUUAAUCUACAUGAAUCUUUUACUAAGUAUUUGUUAUAUUACAUUUGAAUAUCAAAUGAUCUACAGAAACUGCUUCACAAACGCUGAUACCUCCUGUCACCAGUACUUCACCCGAAGAAACCAUUCCAAUCACAAAUACUGUUCAUCUGUCUACCACCGCUUCACCAACCACUGCCUCUACAUUGUAUCCUACUACCAGCCAUACUGUAACAGCACCAGGUGGGUAUCCAGAUAAGAUACAUAUAUCAUAAGACCUAUCUAUCUAUCUAUCUGUCUAUCUGUCUAUCUCUCUAUCUCUUUAUCUAUCUCUAUAUAUACAUGAACAUAGAUACAUAUACCAUAAGACCAAAGUUUGAGUGGUAAAUGAAUAUGUUCAAAGCCUAUACACUAUUUUCAUUCAAUAAAUGCUUUAUUAUCGUAUAACUUUUAUAUUAAUCUACAUGAAUCUUGUACUAAGUAUUUGUUAUAUUACAUUUGAAUAUCAAAUGAUCUACAGAAACUGCUUCACAAACGCUGAUACCUCCUGUCACCAGUACUUCACCCGAAGAAACCACUCCAAUCACAAAUACUGUUCAUCUGUCUACCACCGCUUCACCAACCACUGCCUCUACAUUGUAUCCUACUACCAGCCAUACUGUAACACCACCAGGUGGGUACCCAGAAAGGCAUUUAUCGAUGUCAAACUGUCUCUCUAUCUAUCUCUAUAUAUACAUGUACAAAUAACAGAAGAACACAGUUUGAGUGGUAAAUACUACUGAAAAAGCACCAGGUGUGCACUCUUAUGAGGUAUGUAUCGAUGUCCUCUGUCUGUCUAUGUCUCUGUCUUUCUCUCACUCUCUCUGACUGUCUGUUGAUCUAUCUAUACAUCUACAUAGAUAAAUAUACCAUAAGAGCAAAGUUUGAGUGGUUAAUGCAUGUCUCCAAACACAUCUUUUAUAUUACUCUACAUGUAUCUGUUUCUAAGUUUCUUUUCUAUUGAAUUUAAAUAUCAAAAGGAUCUACAGAAACGACUUCUCAAACACUGAUCCCUCCGGUCACCAGUACUUUACCCACCGAAAACACUGCACUUACAAAUACUGUUCCUUUGUCUACCACCGCUUCACAAACACAGACAUUGCUUUCUUUUAAUAAAUGGUUUAGUAUCAUACAUCUUUUAUAUUACUCUACAUGUAUCUUUUUCUAAGUAUCUUUUAUAUUAAAUUUAAAUAUGAAAAGGAUCUACAGAAAAUGCUUCACAAACACCGAUCCCUCCGGUCACCAGAACUUCAACAACAGAAACCACUGCACUUACAAAUACCUUUCCACUGUCUACCACCACUUCACCAACCACUGCCGCUACACUGUAUCCUACUACCAGCCAUAUUGGAACAACACCAGGUGUGUACCCAUAUAAGGAACUUAUCAAUGUCUUUCUGUAUGUCUAUCUGUCUAUCUAGCUAUCUCUAUAUAUACAUGAACAUAGAUACAUAUAUAAUAAGACCAAAGUUUGAGUCGUAAAUGGAUGUCUCCAAAACCCAGACAUUAUUUUCCUUUAAAAAAUGUUUUAGUACCAUGUAUCAUUUAUAUAAAUCUACAUGUAUUGUUAACUAAGUAUUUGUUAAAUUGCAUUUAAAUAUCAAAAGGAUCUACAGAAACGAUUUCUCAAACGUCGAUCCCUCCUGUCAUCAGUACUUUACCCACAAAAACCACCGCACUUACAAAUACUGUUCCUCUGUCUACCACCGCUUCACAAACCACUGCCACUACAUUGUAUCCUACUACCAGCCAUACUGUAACACCACCAGGUGGGUACCCAGAAAAGGUUUUUAUCGAAAUCUGCUUUUCUGCCUACCUGCUUAUCUGUCUGUCUCUUUAUUUACAUGUACAUAGACCAUAUGACCAAUGUUCGAGUCAUAUGGUCUAUGUACAUGAAAUCUGCUUUUCUGCCUACCUGCUUAUCUGUCUGUCUCUUUAUUUACAUGUACAUAGACCAUAUGACCAAUGUUCGAGUAGUAAAUGAAUAUCUCCUGAACCUAGACAUUCCAUUCCAUUAAUAAAUUCUUUUGUACUAUGUAUCAUUUAUAGUAAUCUAAAUGUAUAUUUUACCAAGUAUCUGUUAUAUUAUACUUAAAUAUAAAAUGAUCUACAGAAACUGCUUCACAAACACCGAGUCCUUCAGUUACUAGUACCUCAACAACAGAAACCACUGCAAUCGCAAAUACUGUUCCACUGUCAACCACUGCUUCACCAACCCCUGCCACAACAUUGUAUUCUACUACCAGCCAUACUGUAACAGCACCAGGUGGGUACCUGGUACUCUGUCUGUCUGUACAUCUAUAUAUACAUGCACAUAGAUAAAUAUACUAUAAAACCAAAGUUUAACUAGUAAAUGAAUGUCUCAAAAACCCAACAUUAUUUUUCAUUAAUAAAUGCUUUAGUAUCAUAAUAUUUAUCUCCAUGUAUCUUUUUCUAAGUAUUUGUUAUAUUACAUUUACAGAAACGGCUUCACAAACGCCAAUCCCUCCUGUCAUGAGUACUUCAUCCACAGACCAUAAGACCUAUCUGUCUGUCUGUCUGCCCAGACCUUGCUUUCUUUUAAUUAAUGCUUUAGUACCAUGUAUUUUUCAUAUUACUCUACAUGUAUCAAUUUCUAAGUAUCUUUUAUAUUACAUUUAAAUAUCACAAGGAUCUACAGAAAAUGCUUCGCAAACGUCGAUCCCUCCUGUCACCAAAACCUCAACAACAGAAACCACUGCACUUACAAAUACUAUUUCACUGUCUACCACCGCUUCACCAACCACUGCCACUACAUUGUAUCCUACUACCAGUCAUACUGUAACAGCACAAGGUUGGUACCCAGAUAAGGUAUUUAUCAAUGUCUAACUGUCUCUUUGUCUAUCUAUUUCUGUAUAUACAUGUACAUACCUACACAUACCAAAAUUACAAAGUUUGAGUGUGUACCUAAUGAGUUACGUAUCGAUGUCCUCUGUCUGUCUAUCUCUCUGUCUUUCUCUCUCUCUCUCUGUCUGUCUGUUGAUUUAUCUAUACAUCUACAUAGAUAAAUAUACCAUAAGAGCAAAGUUUGAGUGGUUAAUGUAUGUCUCCAAAAACAGACAUUGCUUUCUUUUAAUAAAUGCUUUAGUAUCAUACAUCUUUUAUAUUACUCUGCAUGUAUCUUUUUCUAAGUAUCUUUUCUAUUAAAUUUAAAUAUCAAAAGAAUCUACAGAAACGACUUCUCAAACACUGAUCCCUCCGGUCCCCAGUACUUUACCCACCACAAACACUGCACUUACAAAUACUGUUCCUCUGUCUACCACUGCUUCACAAACCACUGCCACUACAUUGUAUCCUACUACCAGCCAUACUGUAACAGGACCAGGUGGGUAUCCAGAUAAGAUACAUAUAUCAUAAGACCUAUCUAUCUAUCUAUCUAUCUAUUUCUUUAUCUAUCUCUAUAUAAACAUGAACAUAGAUACAUAUACCAUAAGCCCAAAGUUUGAGUGGUAAAUGAAUAUGUUCAAAGCCUAUACAUUAUUUUCAUUCAAUAAAUGCUUUAUUAUUGUAUAACUUUUAUAUUAAUCUACAUGAAUCUUUUACUAAGUAUUUGUUAUAUUACAUUUGAAUAUCAAAUGAUCUACAGAAACUGCUUCACAAACGCCGAUACCUCCUGUCACCAGUACUUCACCCAAAGAAACCACCGCAAUUACAAAUGCUGUUUAUCUGUCUACCACCGCUUCACCAACCACUGCCUCUACAUUGUAUCCAGGGCCAGCGCUUCCUAUAAGGCGAACUAGGCAGCCGCCUAGGGCGCCAUAUAGGAGGGGGCGCCCUGCGCCCCCAUCGCCGGCCCUUUAAAUUCUGCAGCCGCCUGAGCGCUCUAUAGAGAGCGUUCAGGCAGCUGCCGCAGUGCCUCACCUCCCCUGCCCUGCUGUAGCGUGGCCGAGCUCCUUUCCGGUCCGCGACCCGGCCAGACUGACAGGAAGUGCACACUGAGUGUGCACUUCCUGUCAGUCCGCCGGGUCGCGGACCGGAUAGGAGCUCGGCCACGCUACAGCAGGGCAGGGGAGGUGAGGAGAAGCUUCUGGGAGGAGGGGGGAGAUGAUGGGGAGAUGGAUUGAUGGAGGGAGGGGAGAUAAAUGAUGAUGAUGGGGGGAGACGGGAGGUAAGGAUGACUGAUGGGAGGGGGAGGAUGAGGGGAGGAUGAUUGAUGGAGGGGGAUGAUGAUGAUGGGGAGAUGGAUUGAUGGGAGGAGGGGGAUGAUGAUGAUGGGGGGAGAUUGGAAGGAGAUGAUGGGGAGAUGAUCGAUGGGAGGAGGGGGAGAUGAUGGGGAGAUGAUCGAUGGAGGGAGGGGAGAUGACAGAUGGGGAGAGAGGGAGGGGAUGAUGGGGAGAUGAUUGAUGGAGGAGGGGGGAGAUGAUGAUGGGGGAGAUGGGAGAUGGGAGAUGAUGGGGGAGGAUGGAUUGAUGGAGGGGGGGGAGGAUGAUGAUGGGGAGAGAUGGGAGGGGGGGGAGAUGAUUGAUGGGAGGAGGGGGGGAGUUGAUGAUGGGGGAUGGAGGGGAGAUGAUGGGGGAGACGAUGGGGAGAUGAUUGAUGGGGGGAGAUGAUGAUGGGGAGAGGAUGGAGGGGAGAUGAUUGGGGAGAUGAUUGAUGGAGGAGGGGGGGGAGAUGAUGAUGGGGGGUAGAUGGGAGGGGAGAUGAUUGAUGGAGGGAGGGGGGGAGAUGAUGAUGGGGAGAGGAUGGAGGGGGAGAUAGAUUGAUGGAGGGGGGAGAUGGAGUUGAUGGGAGGGAGGGGAGAUUGAUGAUGAUGGAGGGAGGGGGGUAGGAUUUGAUGGGAGGAGGGGGGGGAGACACCUGAUGGGAUGGAGGGGGGGAAGAUGGAGGGGAGAUGGGGAGAUGGACGGAUGGGAGGAGGGGAGAUGAUUGAUUGGGGGAGAUGAUUGAUGGAGGAGGGGGAGAUGAUUGAUGGGAGGGGGAGAUGAUUGAUGGGAGGGGAGAUGAUUGAUGGGAGAAGAUUAUGGGGAGAAGAGAAGAUUAUGGGGGGAGAAGAAGAGAAGAUUACGGGGGAGAAGAAGAGAAGAUUACGGGGAGAAGAAGCGAUUACGGGGGGGAGGGGAGAAGAAGACAAGAUUACAGGGGAGAGAAGAAGCGGAGAACACAGGGAGGGGGGGGAAUAAGAGGAAAACACUGGGGGAGAAGAAGAGGAGAACACGAGGGGUGGGAGAUGAGAAAGUAGGGGAGGGAGAGACCACUAAAGGAGGGAGGGGGCAGUGGAGAGACCGCUAAGGGAGGGGGGUGGAGGAUAGGGGAGGGGGGGGGGAGAGGAGAGACCACUAAUGGAAAGUCGGGGAGAAAAGGAGACCACCAAGGGAGGUGGGGGGGAGAGGAGAGACCACUAAGGGGCAGGGGAGAUCUCUAAGGAAUGGAAGGGAGAGCUCUAUAGGACAGGGGACAGGGAGCUCUUCACACCACGCGCGCACACACACACACACACAAUGCAUCCCUAUACACACAGAAACACAACAUGCUUCCCUUACACACAGAGAAACACACAAUGCAACCCUUACACAUAAAGACAAUGCAUCCUUUGCACAUAUACACAGAACACACACAAUGCAUCUCUUACACACACAUGCAAACACACACUGUUUCUCUUACACACACACACAGAAACACAAUGCAUCUCUUACACACACUCAACACACCCCUUACAGACACACACACUGCAUCCCUUACAUACACAGAAACAUACUUUGCAUCCCUUAUGCAUACAAACACAGAUUCACACAAUGCAUCCCUAACACACAACAAGAAACACACAAUACAUCCCUUAUACACAAACACUCACUGCUUUCUAUCCCUUACACAAACAACACUGCAUCACCUACACAAACUGGUAUCCCUAUACACUACAUUCCGUAAGCACACACAUUAGAUCCUCUACAGUAACACAUAACACAUCCCCUACACACUCUACUCCCUGUGAGUUCAUGGGUGGAACAUGUAGGUGGCCUUAUGGGUGGGCUUUAUGGGCAUACUCACCGUCAGGCCCUGGGGCCCAGACCUUGAGCUAUGUAAGAGGCCCCAAAAAUGGAGCUGCUUCCCGUUCUCCCAGAACAUUGAAUUUUGUGACCACAGUUGCAAACAGCCUCCAGAGAUCCUGUUCUACACCAGACCAGUGGAGCCAGACUGCAGCCAGAGCCCAUCACCAUCCUCAUCUGAUUGUAAGUAGGCAAUCUAGUAUAUUAUUAGUGACACUAAUCUCUAAUUUACCUCACAUUAAAUGGACACUAUAGUCCCCAGAACCACUGCAGCUUAAUAAAGUUGUUCUGGUGUCUAUAGUUUGUCCCUGCAGGCUUUUUAAUGUAAACACACACUGUGUGCAGCACUGGCAUUAGUUCAUAUGGGUGGGGCAUUGCGAUGUUCCGGGGGGUGGGGGGGCGGCAAAUCUUUCUUUUGCCUAGGGCGGCAAAAAUCCUUGCACCGGCCCUGAUUGUAUCCUACUACCAGCCAUACUGUAACAGCACCAGGUGGGUACCCAGAUAGGCAUUUAUCGAUGCCAAACUGUCUCUCUAUCUAUUUCUAUAUAUACAUGUACAAAUAACAGAAGAACACAGUUUGAGUGGUAAAUACUACUGAAAAAGCACCAGGUGUGCACUCGUAUGAGGUAUGUAUUGAUGUCCUCUGUCUGUCUAUGUCUCUGUCUUUCUCUCACUCUCUCUGUCUGUUGAUCUAUCUAUACAUCUACAUAGAUAAAUAUACCAUAAGAGCAAAGUUUGAGUGGUUAAUGUAUGUCUCCAAACACAUCUUUUAUAUUACUCUACAUGUAUCUUUUUCUAAGUUUCUUUUCUAUUGAAUUUAAAUAUCAAAAGGAUCUACAGAAACGACUUCUCAAACACUGAUCCCUCCGGUCACCAGUACUUUACCCACCGAAAACACUGCACUUACAAAUACUGUUCCUUUGUCUACCACCGCUUCACAAACACAGACAUUGCUUUCUUUUAAUAAAUGCUUUAGUAUCAUACAUGUAACGGACCGUUUUGCACACAAGGGGUAAAAACCGUUUAGGCGAUCGGCCCCCUUUCCAGAGAUACAGGCACAGCUACUGCAGAACACCAAACUCCCAAACUGGAUACAAAAUAGCACUCCAACUCCCGAACUGGAACCUCCCAAAUAGCUGCUAGCAGACGAACAGGAAAAGCAGACAAUCAGCUUACACUCCUGGCAAUCAGUCUCUAACAGCAUACAGUGAAUCCCCCCAAGAACGAGACAAGGCUCCGUGUUGAGGGUCAAGCAGUGGUCUGAGGUGCUGGCACACCCAGCCUGGUUUUUAUUACAGUCUUGCAAAUACAGGACCACCCACAGGGAGGUAUAAAAUAUCCAGUAACAUAUUAGUUACAACCCACAGAUUCCCUCCCCUUAUCCUGAGAGGUAACCCAAUUACACAUACUUUUUACCACAAUGCAUCCUGGCUUCCUCUCCUCUGCCCAGGAGAUAAUUGAGAAGUAAUUAAAUUAUCUCCCAGGACAGAGACAAGACUCCAUUAUGCACAUGGUGACACAAAACAAGCAUUACUGUUAAAAUACACCAGGUAAGACACAUUACAUUAAAACUAUACAUUUAACAUAUCCCCAGAUAGCUCAGGUCUGAGCGCACAUUAUUAAGUGAAUGGCGCUCAGACCACACGAAUACAGUUUAAUCGCCAUGGAGCCAAAGUCUUUACAGUCAGUUUCAUACGAAUGGGCUCCAUGGGAUUCCUAUCUGGGGUAUAACACAUUCAAACAAAUCUACCGAACCCCAGGCAGAAAAGCAUGAAUGAAGCUUUUCUGCAGGUAAAAAAGAUGUCUUUUAACAGGGGGCCAUAGUCCAAAGGCAGCAGGCGAGCAACCAGGCUUCUCCAAUGCAAUGUGGCGAGAUUGGUUAUUACUCUACAUGUAUCUUUUUCUAAGUAUCUUUUAUAUUAAAUUUAAUUAUGAAAAGGAUCUACAGAAAAUGCUUCACAAACACCGAUCCCUCCAGUCACCAGAACUUCAACAACAGAAACCACUGCACUUACAAAUACCUUUCCACUGUCUACCACCGCUUCACCAACCACUGCCGCUACACUGUAUCCUACUACCAGCCAUAUUGGAACAACACUAGGAGUGUACCCAUAUAAGGAACUUAUCAAUGUCUUUCUGUAUGUCUAUCUGUCUAUCUAUCUCUAUAUAUACAUGAACAUAGAUACAUAUACAAUAAGACCAAAGUUUGAGUAGUAAAUGGAUGUCUCCAAAACCCAGACAUUAUUUUCCUUUAAAAAGUGUUUUAGUACCAUGUAUCAUUUAUAUAAAUCUACAUGAAUUGUUAACUAAGUAUUUGUUAAAUUGCAUUUAAAUAUCAAAAGGAUCUACAGAAACGAUUUCUCAAACGUCGAUCCCUCCUGUCAUCAGUACUUUACCCACAAAAACCACUGCACUUACAAAUACUGUUCCUCUGUCUACCACCGCUUCACAAACCACUGCCACUACAUUGUAUACUACUACCAGCCAUACUGUAACACCACCAGGUGGGUACCCAGAAAAGGUUUUUAUCGAAAUCUGCUUUUCUGCCUACCUGCUUAUCUGUCUGUCUCUUUAUUUACAUGUACAUAGACCAUAUGGCCAAUGUUCGAGUAGUAAAUGAAUAUCUCCUGAACCUAGACAUUCCAUUCCAUUAAUAAAUUCUUUUGUACUAUGUAUCAUUUAUAGUAAUCUAAAUGUAUAUUUUACCAAGUAUCUGUUAUCUUAUACUUAAAUAUAAAAUGAUCUACAGAAACUGCUUCACAAACACCGAGUCCUUCAGUUACUAGUACCUCAACAACAGAAACCACUGCAAUCGCAAAUACUGUUCCACUGUCAACCACUGCUUCACCAACCCCUGCCACAACAUUGUAUUCUACUACCAGCCAUACUGUAACAACACCAGGUGGGUACCUGGUACUCUGUCUGUCUGUACAUCUAUAUAUACAUGCACAUAGAUAAAUAUACUAUAAAACCAAAGUUUAACUAGUAAAUGAAUGUCUCAAAAACCCAACAUUAUUUUUCAUUAAUAAAUGCUUUAGUAUCAUAAUAUUUAUCUCCAUGUAUCUUUUUCUAAGUAUUUGUUAUAUUACAUUUACAGAAACGGCUUCACAAACACCAAUCCCUCCUGUCAUGAGUACUUCAUCCACAGACCAUAAGACCUAUCUGUCUGUCUGUCUGCCCAGACAUUGCUUUCUUUUAAUUAAUGCUUUAGUACCAUGUAUUUUUCAUAUUACUCUACAUGUAUCAAUUUCUAAGUAUCUUUUAUAUUACAUUUAAAUAUCACAAGGAUCUACAGAAAAUGCUUCGCAAACGUCGAUCCCUCCUGUCACCAAAACCUCAACAACAGAAACCACUGCACUUACAAAUACUAUUUCACUGUCUACCACCGCUUCACCAACCACUGCCACUACAUUGUAUCCUACUACCAGUCAUACUGUAACAGCACAAGGUUGGUACCCAGAUAAGGUAUUUAUCAAUGUCUAACUGUCUCUUUGUCUAUCUAUUUCUGUAUAUACAUGUACAUACCUACACAUACCAAAAUUACAAAGUUUGAGUGUGUACCUAAUGAGUUAUGUAUCGAUGUCCUCUGUCUGUCUAUCUCUCUGUCUUUCUCUCUCUCUCUCUCUGUCUUUCUACCUAUCUAUUUAUCCAUGUACAUAGAUAAAAUAUUACAUAAGGUCAAAGUUUAAGUGGUAAAUGAAUGUCUCCAAAACCGAGACAUUAUUUUCCUUUAAUAAAUGUUUAGAACCACAUAUUUGUUAUGUUAAUCUACUGGUAUUGUUUACUAAGCAUUUGUUAUAUUGCAUUUAAAUAUCAAAAGGAUCUAGAGAGACUUCUUCUCAAACACCGAUCUCUCCUGUCACCAGUACUUCACCCACCAAAACCACUGCACUUACAAAUACUAUUUCACUGUCUACCACUGCUUCACCAACCACUGCCUCUACACCGUCCACCACCUCAACAUUGUAUCCUACUACAAGCCAUACUGUAACAACAUUAGGUGGGUACCCAGAUAAGAUACAUAUACCAUAAGACCUAUCUAUCUAUCUAUCUAUUUAUCUAUCUGUCUGUAUGUCAAGGUACAUAGAUAAAUAUACCAUAAAACCAAAGUUUGAGAGGUAAAUGUAUGUCUCCAACCCCCAGACAUUGCUUUCUUUUAAUAAUGCUUUUGUACCAUGUAUCUUUUUGAUUGCUCUAUAUGUCUCUCUUUCUAAGUAUAUUGUAUAUUACAUUUAAAUUUAAAUCUACAGAAACUGCUUCACAAACGCUCAUCCCUCCUGUCACCAGUACUUCACCCAAAGAAACCACUGCAAUCACAAAUACUGUUCCACUGUCUACCACCGCUGCACCAACCACUGCCUCUACAUUGUAUCCUACUACCAGCCAUACUGUAGCAGCACCAGGUGGGUACCCAAAUAAGGUUUUAUUGAUGCCUAAUUGUCUGACUGCCUGUCUGUCUUUAUAUAUAUACAUGUACAAAUAACAGAAGAACAAAGUUUGAGUGGUAAAUACUACUGAAAAAGCACCAGGUAUGCACUCAAAUGAGGUACGUAUCGAUGUCCGCUGGCUGUCUAUAUCUCUGUCUUUUUCUCUCUCUCUCUCUCUGUCUGUCUGUCUAUCUACCUAUACAUGUACAUAGAUAAAUAUACCAUAAGACCAAAGUUUGAGUGGUAAAUGUAUGUAUCCAAACCCCAGACAUUCUGCUUUCUUUUAAUAAAUGCUUUAGUAUCAUAUAUUUAUUAUAUUACUCUACAUGUAUAUUUUUUAAGUAUCUUUUAUAUUAUUUUAAAUAUCAAAAGGAUCUACAGAAACUGCUUCACAAACGCAGAUUCCUCCAGUCGCCAGUACCUCAACCAUAGAAACCACCAGACUUACAAUUACCGCUCUUGCAUCUCCCACCACCUCACCAACAACUACAACUACAGGUAUUUGGUGAAUGCAGUGUGUGUAUAGUGGAUGCAGUGUGUGUGUAGUGGACACAAAGUAUGUGUGUACAUUUUUGAGGUAGGAAGGAUAGGGAUUGUGUAUUGAUGUGAGAGAGCAGUUUUAAUUGUCAUUUAAUAUUUUACUUUUUCCCUUUUGCCAGAGAGGUCUGGUGGCACCCUAACCAAUAUAGGAAAGAUGGAGCCCAGGAGACUCCAGGUUCCUCGUCAGAACAUUGCCACAGGUUUCAAAAGCAAUGCUUUUGACAGAUGGGGCUCGCAAGAGUUGAAGAGGAUCUGCAGCAGGGGGAGUCUCCUCUACCCUCUCUUCACUAUACUAGUCUGCAAUGGCCCAGGGGUGUAGGGGAAGAGUUAGUUAGUCAUUUUUGAGAGUUAAAGUUAGGGUUCGUUAGCUCCUUCACUACCAAACGAUUGUUAUUUGAAAAAAAUAUUAUCAUAAAAUGUAUUUGAAACAUGGGAUAUCCUUUCACUGCAGUAAGAUAUGGGAAUACAGUGCUACACGUAUGGUGUUAGAGACAAUGCACAUGAGAUUAGUGUAUAAAUGAUGUUGCUCAAUAUAUAGUACAUGGCCCAAAAUCAAAUGAAGCAAAACCAUCUGACUACAUAAAGGACAUACGGACUGCAAAAAAUGGACAGUGUUGACGGAAUUCAUCAAAGUCCGGAUUUUGUCAUUCAGGACCUGAACAGCAUCUGGAUUUUGUCUGAAAUCAACUGAGCAGCUGAAAUUCCGGCCAAAUGCGACAAAUCCAGGCUCGGAGAAUUCAAUUCUGAGCCUGGAUUAAAAAACACCAAACAAUUUGCCCGGUGGCAGUGCUAGUAACCAGUGGACAAAUCGUUGAAAUCCCUAGGUGGCGAGAGAGAGUUAAUUAUGUGUCGGCUGGCCAGCGCUAGCUAGCCAAACAUUACUUUUAAAAAACUGAAUAAAUAUAAAGUCAACAAGUUCAGGUCGGGCAUGUCUUCUAAACAUUGCCAUUGCAACACAGUAGCUAGUAACCCAAUCAUUUGCCCUCACCUAUUUGCAUAGAAUUGGGCUAUUUUACAUUUUAAGGGACAGGGGACCUAGUGUCAAAUAGUUCUUCAAUUUAUCAAUUCACUUGCAAAUAGCAAGUGAAUGACAAUUUAUGAAAACUCAUCCUGCUGGAUUUAUUCAGUUUAUUAUCAGCCGCCAUGCAGUCGUUGAUAAAUCUGCAAUUCUGGUGCUGUAGAUUGGUUUGGAUGUGUAAAUCACUGAAUUUCCGAAAUCAUUCAAAUGAAUGUUACAGACCGACCGAAUCCUGACUGCAGCUGGCCGUAAUAAAUAUAAGAAUCGCCAAUGCAGUCGGCAUUCGGUUGUUUUCACAGGAUUUUGUCCAUUCGUACAAAAUCGGAUGUUUAGUGAAUAAACCUGAUAAUCUGCCUUUUGAAAACAAGUGUUUCACGUUUGUAUUAAUAGCUGAGUUUCUUAUCUUUUGUGACCUCUUGAUGUGGAUUCACUUAUCCAAGUAUUAGCUGAGCAGUCAAACAUCAGUAGAAAUCCCUCAUUCUGUUACCAUGCCUUUCUUAUUUUUUGCUAUCUUCUAUACACAUUUUAAUUUACAGCACUUUUUUUUUUUUUUUUUUAGUUAUGUGCCACAAUGGAGGUACCUAUGAUGGAAUUAAAUGCAUUUGCCUGGAUCAGUUUUAUGGGCCCUCGUGUGAGAGCAUGGUGGACAACGUUGAGGUUGACAGUAAGUGUUUCAAGUUGACAGUUUGACAGGAUAGCCAGAUCAGAGCCAGAACUUUGCAUCUGAUUAUACAGAUUAUAUAAACUGGAAACAAGAUGAUAGAUAAAGAAAAAUACCUUGAGUUGAAUAUUAAAAAUAAAACCAUCAUAGCAAUAAUACAUGCAUUAUUAUAUGUGCUAAACAUCUUGAAAUUGUAGAAGAUUAGAGCCAGCAUUGUGUUAUAGCUAGCACCACAGGGUAGAAAUUAAUCAAAUUCAUAACGUAAUCAUCAUAUUAGAGAAGACAGAUCAUGAAAAAUGUACAGGCCACCACAGACCCAUAAACAUUCCUAGCAAUGACAUGCUGGCUCUAACUUAAAAGUUGAACUGAAUUAAAAAUAAUACCACUGUGAUAGUGAACCUUAGAAUCACUAACAAGAAUUAUAAAUCUGGCUUGAGUCAAAACAGCUCAGAUGAAUACAAUGAAUUCACAGACCGGCGGAAUCCUGACUUGCUUUAAUAAAUAUGAGAAUUGCCAAUGCAGUUGGCUUUCCGUUGUUUUCACCAGAUUUUGUCCAUUCGGACAAUAUAAGGUGUUUAGUGAAUAACCCAGAUAAUCUGCUUUUUGACAACAAGUGUUUCACUUUUGUUUUUGUGUGUAGCUGAGUUGUUUAUCUAUCUCUCAAACGUUCUCAAUAUAAAAGUCAUUCUUUUAUUAUGCAUUUCUUUAUUCUCUACUAUCUUCUAUCAAUAAUUUAAUGAACAGCAAAUUGUAUUAUUUUUAUUUAAGAUUUGUGUCACAAUGGAGGUACCUACGAUGGAGUUAAAUGCAUUUGCCUCGAUCAGUUUUAUGGGCCCUCGUGUGAGAGUGUGGUAGACAGAGUUGAGGUUGGUGGUAAGUGUUUCAAUUUGACAGAUCAUGAGAAAUGUACAGGCCACCUCAGAUCCAUCAACAUCCCUAGAAAUGACCUGCUGGCUCUAAAUUAACAGUUGACUUUGUAUCUCUCUCCUGGCAGGUAAAGUUAAUACCACUGUCAUAGUGAACCUGAGAAUCACUAACAUGAAUUAUACAUCUGUCUUGAGUCAAACUGGCUCGCAUGAAUACUAUGAAUUCAUAAAGAAUUUUAAAUUAGAGGUGAGAACGUGAUCAAAGUAUGUGAAUCGUUCAGCAAUCUAUACAUCAGUUGCACAGUAUAACCUUUCACCUCUCCCCCAUCUUUGUUACAGAUGCAAGUAUUCUAUAAAGAUCUACCUGGAUAUAAAGAUGUGAUAGUCAUUAGUUUGAGGUAGGUUACCCGAAAAAUAAUGACCUAUAAACAGUAGGGUAAACCACAAGUCCCUAUAUAUAUGUUCUGGAGUACCUGAAAAAGGUAAAUAAUGAAACUCAUCCAUUUAAUCUUAAAUAUAGAGUUAAAUGCAUGCGUUUCAUUAUUUACAUUUAAAAAAAAAAAAACAGAAUUGAUUUUAUGGAAGAACGUGAGUGCAGCUAACUUUUGACUAUUCUGGAUAUUUACAGGCCAUGGCAUUGCACCCCUCAAAUUGAUAAGUAUUUGAGCCUGUGUGCAGGAUCCCAUGUGAUAUAUAUAUAUAUAUAUACACAAAUUUGCAGUGAUGUUACUACUGCAAAGGAUUCUGGGUGGGCAUAUGCAAAUUAGUUAAACAAAGAAUUCGCAUUUUUGCCUCAUUCCAUUUUAAACGUGGAUUCCUUUGAGUCUGUGUUUGCUGUGUACAACAGCUUUGAAACACAACUUAGGAAAACAUGCAAAGCCAGCCUCAAUAGCAAGCCAGUAACCAAUCUCAUUCUGAUGAUUUGCAUUAACACUGAAAUAGCUGUCAACGAGUGGUUCACUGGCUUUACAUCUUUUCCUAAGUUGUGUUUCAAAGCUGUUGUACAUAACAGAGUCAUCUUAAUGGGUAGAUAUAUAUUACAAAAAAACAAGAACACUUUUUGGCAUAUACCAAACCAAAUUAGCAUGUAUUAAAUAAAAUUGUCACUGAGAACUCUUUGUGACUUAGAAAUAUAAUUAUCCCAGCCCUACUGCCCCCUAGACUGCAUCAGAUGCAGUCAAUUGACCUCUACUCAAUUGCAAAAACACUAACUGAGGUCCAGGGGUAGCUUGGAAUUCAGAGUCAACCCCGUGGGACUGAAUUCCGGAUCUGAGAAUGAUCAUGGCUUAGAAAAUCUUUAACAGGGUGGCGAUUGGACACUAUACGUGCAAAGAGGGACAGGAGCUGGUAGAGAGGGUAAACCCUUGGGUUUAACCUCAAACUGUGGGUGCUUUCAACCAGGGGGUCUGUGCACCACAUAUAUCCACUAUUCUACCCCUGAAAGGACUCACCAUGGGGGUGUAUCAGUCCCAAACUUAGAGGCUACAGGAAGAGAUUGUUCCUUUUAAUUAGUUAAUCUCCCCCUGGAUGGUGAAUAUACAUUUAAAACAGUAUAAAUGUGCUGUAACUGAGCUUCCUGUACCCCGGUUGGGUACGUCCACCGACGGAUGCUCCUAGUGCUUACCGAGACCUCCAAGCACUCCACCAGACACCAUCAGCACUGCAGUCCCCACGUCCAGCAUUACAGCUUGGCUAGGAACUCGCCUUCCUCCGCCCACCAGGAUCCAGCUUCCAGUGAGUGAACCUCUCCUACUCCAGAGAGGGUAGCAGGAACAGCUCUUAAAAGAGCUAGUGGUUAUAUAAUCCCAGGGGAGUAUAGUGAUAUGGCAAUCCCCAGGGUAGAUACAGCCUUUCCUCCCACACAUGAGACAAGGCUCUACGUUGAGGUAAAACAGGAACUCAAUUUUAAUGGCGGCACACUGGCCUUUUAUGCAAGUUUUCCAACAAGGGUGACACCUAGGUGGACCUUGUUGGCCAGAGGACACAACGUAUACAAGCCAAUAAAAACAAUGUGGUAAUAAAUGACACUCCUACAUACAGUACACAAUUCCUACCCUCUGUCUGUGAUAUAAUUAAGGCAGAUAAUGUAUUAACGUAAUUAUCCCACGGCAAAAAAAACACAUUUUUAUAAAGUAGCACAAGUACCCCAAAAUACAAUAUAUUCCCCUGAUAACCCUGAUCUAGGUGAACAACAUAUCCAAAAAUCACCCAGAGCAGGGGUUCAGGAAAUUCCUGGAAGUCUCUUUCUGACCGACCGCACUCAUGAUUUCAUGCCCAAAACAGUUCCAGAGAAUUAAGCUGUGCGGCUGGUCUAUUUCCAACUGUCGAAGUACAGUUCGAAUUACUGAAUGAAAUAGUGAAUGAGCAUAGUCAAUGUGUGUCCCUUGUUUGUUUGUUUCGACUCACCGAACACUGUUCGACUCACGUUCAAAUUGUCGAAGUUCCCUGGAAGGUAACUUUUCAGCGGUGUUCGUGCCGUCAUGUGUCCGAUUUGAGUUCCAUGAACUCGACGACAAAACACUGCUGAACACUUCGACCAAAUAAGAUGGCCGCCGCCACGUGUUCGACUGUCGAAUGGCGACCACUUCGACACUUUGAAACUUUGACUGUAGCCGAAGUGCCACUUCGACCACUUCGAAAGUUCGAAGAGCCAUUGUUCACAGUCCCAAUAGGCACAAUUAGGGUCUCUUAAUCAAAAUAAAUUAAAGGGGCUGUAGUCAUAGGGUAAAAAUCUGGCAAGUAGUCCCCUCCAAAAACCAGUGGCAAGGUCACUUUCGCCACAUGUGGUAUCUAUGUUUCCAUAAAGUGUGUCUGUUUUUCCCUUCAUCAUUAAGUUUUGACUGUUUGGAAUUACUACUACUAGUCACUUAGGACGUCCGAGCUGAGUAAGGGAGGCUAACUAACGGAGAUACUCAGGUUGUAUAUGGUAGCUCCAUUACAAACAUCCUUGAUAAAGACCCUGAUUGGUUAAUACAUUGAUCUUAUAUUUAUUUAAUACAUGACAUUUUGGUUUGGCAGGUUCCAGAGAGUGCUCUUGUUUUUUUAAAUUGCACUGGGAAGCACGCAGAUAUCAAAUUUUGUUUUUGUUUUCCUUUCGAUAAGUAAAAUGCCAGACUAUCACUUAUAGUGGAAAAUUUAUUCAUACUGGCUAUUAUGCAUGGCAGCAAAUACAAAUGUGUUAGUUUAGCCCCUUACAGCCGAUAGAACAGGAAAAACACCAAAGACUCCAAAAGGAAGCUCCAUUCCUAAGGUCCUCAGUCAGUGUCAAGCUCUACCGUAGAUAGAGUCAUCUUAAUGGGUGGGUAGUAUAUGCUGUCAGGAAAAGAAAAUGACAGUAAGUAUGAAUACGUUUUCCACUUUCCUGGUUUAUCAUGGCAGCCUAUACAAAUGGGAAUACCCAAGCUUCAAAGGGAGGGAUAGAAACGUAAAUAACUGCAAAUAAAAUAUUUAGAACAAUUCAACAGAGAAUAGAAGAUUGAACUGAGUUAAAGACUUGACGUCCAAAUAGCGCUUCAUUGGCUGCUUUAACAUUCAGUAUGUAAUGCCAAGUGCCAGCUUUACAAAAAUUGUCAAGAGAAACCAUUACCACAGAAGCCCAAGAUGCUACAACUGCACGAGUGGAAUGUGACUGAUACCCUUCAGUACAGGUAGAAAAUGGUAUUGAUAAGCCUUUGAGAUGGCUGCAACCACCCACUGUCUCAAGGUGAAGGUGGAGGCCACUUCGCCCUUUUUGUGGCCAAGUGGGAGAACAAAAUGUCUAGAUUACUUAUGGAAAGAGCUGGUUCUUUCAAGAUAAAGGAUGAGAGCUCUAACCACAUCCAGAUAAUGACAGGUCUGUGCUUCUGCAGAAGAAGGAUAAGGGUAAAAAAAUAAGAUAACACAAGCUCCCGGUACAAGUGGAAUUUGAAUAUUACCUUAGGCAGGAUCUCUGGUACUGGGUGAUGCAACCAUAUCCUGUUCACACAUUCUAUUUUCUGGGGUACUAGCCACCAGCAGCAGCACCUUUUGUGCUAACAACACCAUAAAGGAAGCUCCUAGAGGUUCAAAUGAUCGUUUAGUCAGAGUUUGUAAGAUCAGGGGUAGGCCCCAUGUUGGCAUGAACACCCUUGGUGUAGGCCUGAGUUUAAUCACUGCCUUCAUAAAGCAAAUCACGAGGAGCUCCAAUGCCCUAUGGGUACCCAUCAAUGUGGAAAGUGCUGAUAUGUGCACCUCUAGAGUGUUAUAACUCAGACCAUUUUCUAGGCUCAAUUGAGGAAUAAUUCCAACCUUUAUUCAUGAGACUAAAAGACAAAUGCAUGUCAAAUCUACCUCCACAACAAGUUUUGCUGUUUUUAAAUUGCUAUUAAUAAAGUAUACUUACCUGAGAUCCGGAUUGCAAGCUUCUUUUCCAUGGAUCCAACGCACUCUAGGGGCUGAUCCUCCCUGAGUGCUAUAGCAACGAGUGGUGCUUUUACCACUCCAAUCUUGUGAGUGUAACACCUAAAGGGCACCUCUGUUUGCUUUAUUUUAUUUAUAAGCGAAUUACUAUGCUGCACUAGGAGCUCUCUUUCUGUUUUUGUCUCUUUAAUAGGUGUCAGAGUGAUUUCCAUGUUUGCAAGUAUACCUACAGAUUGUGCUUUAUUUUACCACAAUCACUGUUUGUGUUUCAAUUACUUAUAAUAUUCCCACUCUGUAUACACCUCAUGUUAUGAACACGGGGUUACUUUCACUCGCUAUAAGAGGUCCAUAGUGAAUACGAUUUUUGUUGUUGCGCACCAAUAUUCCCUCUUAGUAGAUCUUCUGAAAGGCUGCCUUUUUUGGCAAAUUCAUUAAAUGUAAUCUGUAGAUAUGGCGCCAUCUCUUCUUAAAAUAAUUUAUAAAACAUAGCUGUCAGACCAUCAGGUCCGGGUGCUUUAUUAGAUUUUGAAUGGUCAAUAAUUUCUGCUUUAGCAAUUUUAUCAUGGGAUAAGAGUGUCUCAUUGUUAUAAAUUAUUUUAGAUAAAGUUUUUGCUUUUUGAAAGCUUUUCAAUUUAUUAGUUAACAUCUUAUCAGCUUUAUUGGUCUUAUAAUAUUGAUAAGAUUUCAGUCUCUCUAGUUUCUUUUUAGAUGUUUAAAUAAUUAUUUUUUCAUUAAUAGUUUUUUUUUAAGAUCAUCAAUCUGGUUUGAGAUAUUAUUUGUAGGAUUAAUUUUAUUACUUCAAGUUAAAUUUUAUAGCUUAAUAUAUAGUUCAGAAAGCUUUUUUUCUCUAAGUUCUUUAGUUUGAGAGGCUAAUUUUAUAAAAUUACCCCAUAUCAAACAUUUGAAAGCAGUCCAUAUUGUAGCUGGAGAUAAAUCAUUAGAGGAAUUUUCUUGAAAAUGGAAGUUAAUAUAUAUAUUUUUUUUAAUAGCUUCUCUAUUUUGUGUUGAUUCUAAUAAAAAUUCUUUACGUUUUCAUUCUGGUCGUUAUUUAAUAAAUUUAUGCUUUAAUUCCAAAAUGACUAUAUUGUGACCUGACCACGUAAUAUCUUCAAUGUCAAUUUUUUUUGACUCUUUGAAUGGAAUUUAUAUCUGUCAGAAUGUAGUCAAUUCUCGAAUAAGCAAGAUAGGUUCCAGAAAAACACGUGUAGUCUCGCGCUUUAGUAUGGAAUUUAUGCCAGUGAAUUCCUCUGGGCACAGGAACAAAAUUUAGAUGCUUGUAUAUAAACAUCUUUAUCAGACAGACUGUCUUUUAUUGUUUGUUUAUCAAGCCUAAGGUCCAUUACACAGUUGAAGUAACCCAUCGAAAUGAUUUGUCCCUGUUUUAUCUUGUUCAAUCUUUCCCAAAAUUAGAGAUAUCAAUUUCAAUGGUGCAGCGAUUGGUAGAUAGGUAUUAACUAAUGUAUAAUGAACAUUGUUUAUCAUACAUAUCGUUAUUAUGUAUCUCCCUUCCGUAUCUUGUUCAGAAUGUUUUAUACACAGAUCUAUGUUCUACACAUAUAGAGAUGUGCAACCCCACAUUUCCUUUUAUCUUGUAAUGAGGAUGUAAUAAUCCUGGGGAAGUCUCUUCGUUGUUUCAUCCAGAGGGUUACUUUGGUCCCCUAUUUUCAAAGGUUGAGGUGAGAAAAAGGAUAAACGUUUCUCCAGUGGUUCAUUUUCGUCCUCCGUUUUUUUUUUCUUGAGCUUUUCUAGCUACCAUUUUAUUACGUAAAAAAAAAUGAGGGGAAAAAGAGAAAACCAAAAGAAAAACAACAAAAUUAUGUACAGUAUUCUACAGAUUUCCAAGCUUUUCCAGGCUCGAGGCAAUCUAUAUAAGUAGCUCCUUCUCUCACCUCUUAAAGUUGUUGUUAUAUUUUUAGUUACUGUCUGUGUAAUUAAUAUUUCCAUGAGGGAGUUACAUAGUUACAUAGCUGAAAAGAGACUUGCGUCCAUCAAGUUCAGCCUACCUCACAUUUGUUUUUUGCUGUUGAUCCAAAAGAAGGCAAAAAAACCCAGUUUGAAGCACAAUUUUGCAACAAGCUAGGAAAAAAAUUCCUUCUUGACCCCAGAAUGGCAGUCAGAUUUAUCCUUGGAUCAAGCAGUUAUUACCCUACAUUGAAAGAUUAUAUCCUUGAAUAUUCUGUUCUUGCAAGUAUGCAUCUAGUAGCCGUUUGAACAUCUGUAUGGACUCUGAUAAAACCACUUCUUCAGGCAGAGAAUUCCACAUCCUGAUUGUUCUUACAGUAAAAAAACCUUUCCUUUGCCUUAGACGAAAUCUUCUUUCUUCCAGUCUAAACGCAUGGCCUCGUGUCCUAUGUAAAGUCCGGUUUGUGAAUAGAUUUCCACACAAUGGUUUGUAUUGGCCCCGAAUAUAUUUGUAUAAUGUUAUCAUAUCCCCUCUCAGGCAAUGUUUUUCUAAACUAAAUAGGUUUAAAUUUGUUAACCUUUCUUCAUAGCCGAUAUGUUCCAUUACUUUUAUUAAUUUUGUAGCCCGCCUCUGCACUUUUUCUAGUGCCAUAAUAUCCUUCUUUAGAACAGGUGCCCAAAAUUUCACAGCAUAUUCAAUAUGUGGUCUUACCAGUGAUUUAUAAAGAGGCAAAAUGAUAUUCUUGUCCUGGGAAUGAAUGCCCUUUUUCAUGCAUGACAAUACCUUACUGGCCUUGGCCACAGCUGAUUGACGUUUUUUUUUUCUUGAGCUUUUCUAGCUACCAUUUUAUUACAUAAAAAAAAAUGAGGGAAAAAAUGAGGGGAAAAAGAGAAAACCAAAAGAAAAACAACAAAAUUAUGUACAGUAUUCUACAGAUUUCCAAGCAUUGUUGCAUAGUGUGUUGUCUAUAACAAUUCCCAAGUCCUUUUCGUGUGUUGUUAUCCCUAAUUCGCUUCCAUUAAGGGUAUACGUUGCAUGUGUAUUCUUUACGCCGAAGUGCAUAACUUUGCAUUUUUCAACAUUAAACUUCAUCUGCCAUUUGAGUGCCCAGUCCCCCAGUCUAUCUAAAUCCCUCUGCAGCAAAGUAAUAUCUUGCUCACAUUGUAAUGUUUUACAAAGUUUUGUGUCAUCUGCAAACACUGAAACAUGACUUUCAAUGCGGUCUUCAAGAUCAUUUAUAAACAUGUUAAAUAGAAGGGGUCCCAGAACAGACCCCUGGGGGACACCACUUGCCACCUCUGUCCAUCUUGAAAAUUUACCAUUCUAUAUUGCUAUUUUAUAGAUUUGAUUUCUCGUAUGUGCUGUUAUUUAACAGAGCACGAUAGAUUUAAUUUGCAGAGUUUUAUAAAGGCUUAUUUUACAGAGUUACUGUCUCCAAGCUAAAUGUUGCUGUAAUGCAGAAUUAAUGACUAUGAACUCUGUAUUGCUGGUUGUACAGAUUAUACAGAGUUGCUGUUAUAUUAUUCUGUGAGAUAGAUAUUUCUGCCAGAGAGCUCUAUAUUGCUAUUUUACAGAGUUACUGUCUCUGACUUCUGUGUUACUCUUAAAGUAUAAUAUUGCAAUCCUGGUGCCCUGGGUUGCUAUUAUACAGAGUUGUUGUUAUAUUAUUAACUUUCUCUCUUUCACUCUCACGACCUUCCCCUCCUUUCAUGAAGAUAUACUGCCACACAAGGGAGUGAAAGGGAGCAAGGUUUGAGAGAGGCACCGGGGAUUAGGCACAGUUUAGUGAUCUAUAACAAAACAAGUCAUCAAAUAAAUUCUACUUUUACUGUUUCUACUUUUUCUGUUUUUCCCUUUUUUCCUUUUUAUCUCUUUCUCUUCCCUUUUAUUUUAGAGAGCUUCCUUUCACUCACGUGUCCUUGGAAUAUGGCAAAAAAACACUCUUCUUAGUAAAGGAUCUGUUAUUUAGACAGGAUCUUUCACCCCUCGCAGGGUCCAGCGUUCUCCGUAAUACAAAUUCUUAUUGCCAGUAUAAACGGACAUGCCCCUUAAUUAGUCCUUCAGCAUGCAUAAAUCAUCUGUCUCUCCGUUAAAAGCGUCCUGAAAUCCCAGCUUCCAAGCCCAUACGUGACCCUGAAGUGAUAUACAGGGCGCUUGUGGGAGAAUUUUAGCCCGGUGCCGUCUACCAUAGAUCCUCCUGCAGGAAAUAACUUCUGAAGCACUUCAGAAGCCGUGGUGUUCUCCCUCUAUUGAUCCUCGUCCGCCGCUAAACCCAAGAGCGUAGCAGUAUGCUACGUCAUUGCUCCCCCUCCUCCCCAAUUUCUUUAAGAUCUUUAAUCACACUUUUCAUGGCUCUAGAGACAGUAGUGAAAGCUAAAACUGGAUGACAUCUUGCACCGGCAGGUGUAUAUAUUUGGAAAGGUCUGAAUCAAAUUUUUGAUCCAUAGGCUUGCAUUAAAAAGCAGAGUUGUAAAGCGGUAGCAUCGUCCCACGUGCUACCCUGAAAAUAGGUGUAUCCACCUAUCCAGAGUGUGGAAGUACCUUCCUCCACAGAGUAAAGCAUGGCCUCUGUUUCGUACCUUUAAGGCCUCUGAAAACCUUGCAAAUUCCUUUAUAAACCAUGCUCACAUGUCCUCUGGCUGCGCAGGUAUAAGUGAUGCUGAAGGGGCUACUUUCUGAACACAGUCAAAGCAUAACUGCUUUCCUUCCACUGCUUAACCAUCACAACCAGAAAUGGUGUAGAUUCAGACAUCAAGCAAACAAUCAAAUAAAUAAAAAAUAAAUAUCACCUGUAGCAAAGUACUAAAGUAUAAAGAGCACUGCCAAACAGUGAAACAGUCAAACAGAUUUAAAACUUUCUGCAAUCAGCACUUACCCAUGUCUGGAGAACCUGCAAAUACCUUCCAAAAUAAGUUUGGGAUGUUUACUAUAAUUUUACCUCCAUUUUUGGUACUUUCUGGCACUUGCCCUAAUCCAAUAUGGUCGCAGCGACUUGUAUUCCCAUAAUGCAAGUCAUCGGUAUUGUCCCAUUAAGACACAAACUGCACAUUUGCAGGUUAGAGAUGGGGUAGAGAGCUUGAUCUGCAGCAUAAAUGGCCCCUGAACACCCAGGGACCUGGGAAAAAAUUGCCUGGACUGAGGGGGAGCAUACGAAAUAAAGUAAAAGUGUCUGCAAUGUGAUUAAAAUGUAAAGUAAAAGUGUCUACAAUGUGAUUUAAAGGCACAACUUGAUAAGGCACCACAGUUUAAUGACACCACAGUAUUAAGACUCCAUAAUAUAAAGGUACCACAGAAUAAAGGCACCACAGCAAAUAGUAAACCCAAAAUAAAGUAAUAAAGACAUACAUGCCCAUAAGUAAAGGGAGCAAAAUUCUACCAUCCGAAGGGCUGUAGGACAGGAAGAAAACCGAGGACCUUAGGAAUGGUGUUUUCCUGUCCUGUUGGCUGUAAGGGGUGGAGCUAACCCAUUUGUAUAGACUGCCAUGAUUAGUUGCAAGCUAUAUAUUUAUUUAUAUAUAUAUAUAUACAUACAUACAUACACAUAUAUAUAUAUAUAUAUAUAUAUAUAUAUAUAUAUAUAUUUAAAAAAUCAGUAUAGAUUUAUUUGGGUUUAUUCUAUAUUUGUAGCUUUUUUUUUUUUUUACAUUUUACCAGACUUUGUUUAUUUCUUUGCAGCCAGGGCUCUGUCUAUGUUAAGCACGAGGUGAUUGUUGAGGCUGAAUAUAAUGAAAAUGAGUCUGUGAUUAAACAGUAUGAGGAGAUACUUCAGAAAGUCAAUCAGGUCUUGGAGAAUUUUAGAAAUAAUAAUUGCACAAGUGAAUCAAAUGGAUGUAAGUAUUUGGUAAAUAAAGUGUGCAUUAUAGAGUGUGUUACUUGUUCUGCUAUAAUACACAUUUUAAAUUCAUCUGCAUUCAAGUACACAAACGAGCAUGUGCUACUUUUGAAGUUGGCACAGCCAGACGUUGCAGGUGUGCGUUAUGUAAUGAAAUCUAACUUUGGCAAAUUUACCAUGUCUUCUUAGACAUAAUUUUAAUUUUGAUGUUUAUGGACAGCAAAUAAAAAGAGCGAACCUAGCGUAGGUAGAGCACUACUUGAAGGAAUUCCCUUAUUAUCCAUUAAACAGCAGCAAGUAAUAUGUUCACUGAACAGAAAGAUUUGGAUCCCUUUCCUGGGAGACACUCGCAUCUCUCGCAGUUUGAGUAUAUGUGGCAUGACGUUUAGUAAUUAAGGUGAAUCUAUUCUUUACUUAGAUUAGGCAAACUAAUCCUACUGGAUUGGUUACUGAACUGUGAAUUGCCAGAAAUUCAAACUGGAUUCAUGUGAAUUUCUAAUGUUAGGUCACAAUAGCUAAAUGGAAAAUAUCUACAAACCAACCAAGUUUUAAGUUUCGCUACUUUGUCCUAAAAUGUGAAAUUCACUUUGAAUCUCAAACAUUUAAAAAUUUAGUGGACACCCCAGCAUGUAUAAGUGCUACCCCUUUUUGAUACUAUGAAUUAGAAGGAAAGCUUCACAUUUAAAUCCAACUUGACUAAAGCAUACCUUUCAUGGCAAAUACAACUUAUAUCUACAAAUCAAUCAAGUUCGGCUAUUUUGGCCUUUUACAAAUAACUAAGGGUUGCCUAUUUUUUAAUACUACGUUAUUAAAAGAAAGGCUUCACAUUUAAAACCAUCUUCACUAUAACAUACCUUUCAUGGCAUAGGCAAUAUAAAUUGUACUUGCAGAACUGAACAGAUUUCUUUCAAAUAAGAGAUGAAAAAAGGGCAUUCAUUUUUUUCUGUGCCUAUUGGUACAGAGAUAAAAAAGUUAAGGGAACACAAUGUUUGCAAUAGGAAGGAUGGAGAGGGGCAGACUCUGUGUUAAAGACUCAGUAGCAGCGGAUAAAAAGUCAGUGUGAUUUAGUUUUGGACUCACAAUCUGAGAAUGCAGAGGGUGAGGGAGAACAGAUAAGGUUUAUUUACAUACCAUAAAACCAACAUAAAGUGUUGGAGACUUUCACCUGUUAUGGAAUGCAAGAUUGUGCUUCCCAAACAGGGUUAUAAAGGAGAGCUAUGUUUUAGAGUAAAUGUAACACCCACUGAAAAACAUGUUUGAUGCACUCAGCAGGAGACAGGGAUAAUGGGUAUACAUUAGCAUAUGAGCUUCUAAUAGUAUUAGAGGAACACUAUAGGUCAGGAACACAAAUAUGUAUUCUGGACCCUACAGUGUUAAAACCACCAUCUAGCUCCCCUGGCCCCACCUUGACUCCCUAAAUAUAGUAAAAUCUUACUUGUAUUCAAGGCUGCCGCUGUAGCAUCUGCCCCUAAAUUGACUCUGUCUGUUGACAUAAUCAGAAGUGGUGGUCUGAGCUAAUCACAACACUUCCCCACAGGAUUGGCUAAGACUGUCAAGGAGGCAGAUCAAGGGCAAAGCCAACACAAGUCAAACACAGCCCUGGCCAAUCAGCUUCUCCUCAUGGAGAUGAAUUGAACCAAUGCAUCUCUAUGAGGAAAGUUCAGUGUCUGCAUGCAGAGGGUGGAGACAUUGAAUGGCAGUGCUGCUCACUCUGCAGCACCCCAGGAAGCACUUAGCAGCCAUCUGAUGAGUGGCUAGUAGAGGUAUUCCUAGCCUAAGCUGUAAUAUAAACACUACAUUUUCUCUGAAAAAAACAGUGUUUAUUGCAAUAAGCCUCAUGGUAAUGACCAUACUCACCAGAACAAAUACAAUAAGCUGUAGUUGUUCUGGUGACUAUCGUGUCCCUUUAAGGGAAGAAACUCUUAAUUGUUAACAUGAGUCAAGGGUUAACAUGAGUUAGAAAACAGCAAACCUAUAUCUGUCAUGACAGGUUCAAUUUAAGCUACUGAUUAGGUAAAAAGAACAAUAAAGUAGAUGUGUCAUGGACAUUUUUCUGUGACUGAAGUGUGUCUUGUAGACACGUACUGGAUACCACACUUACCAAAUAACCCAGGUGCUCUGAAGUCAUGACUGGCCAGGCCUCCCUUCCAAUGGUUCCAAACAAGAUUGAAAACCACUAUAAACCACUAUAAAAAAAUAUUUAUUGAUUUAUUUAGGAGAUGUUAUCUCCAACAAACAGCCAAAUCUUCAAGUACCCCUUUACAGUCCAGGAUUUAAGGAUUACCCAAUUGUGUCUAAGGUCUUUUUAGAAAAGAAAUAAAACACUUUAGACACAACAGGGUAAUCUCUAAAUCCUGGACUGGUAGGUAGUACUUGAGGAAUGGGUUGGAAACCCUUGCACUAAGGUAAGAAUUUUAGGGCAUUCAAAUAGAACCAUGUAAAUUGUCUGGUUCUUUUCUGUUUUGACCUAAAUUUAAACAUUUGUUUCCUGUUCAAGCUGAAUUCUCGAUAAUUCAUACUUGAGUGAUCAAUCCCCCGAUUGUCUCGCCCUUCUGCAAUGGACGUUUGUAAACCCACCGGGGCUGCUUAUCUUAUCCUUUUUGUUUCUUUCCAUUGCAGCAAAACUGUGUAUUGACGUAGACAACAGCGAAUUAACUGCUGUUUUUCCAAAAAGUGAAAAAGGUACGUGAAUAUUAGUUCUGUUAUUCUGUUAUUAUAUUUCAGAUAAAUCCACUAAUAAGGUGACUAAAAUCGUCUCUCAAAAUUAAUGUAAAAAUGUUAAAUAUAAUGUUUUGUUAAAAAAAAAGAACACCUUAUGUAAUAUAAAUUUAGGAGCAAUAGUAUAAUAAAAUAGUUAAGUGGUAUACAAUGCAGCAACUAACAGUGCUUGGCAUCGACAAGAAAACUUUACCAUUAAACAACAACAAAAAUAUUGGUGCCCAAAAUAUUAUAAGCUGUAUCUGAAAAUUAAACACAAAAAACAUAUAGUGUAUUAAUGUAAAAAACAUUUCCUCAAACAAUAAUCCUUAAUGGAUUAAUUUAUAAGGCAUUAGUGGCUAUUUGUCAUUCACAUAGCUGAACGCCAGGAGGAUCAAGCCCUUGAGACUAUUAGAUCCAAGGGAACAAAAUCAGAUCUUACACAAGGAUGACAGGAGCACCAGCAAUCCAGAUUCAAGCGCUUUAUUUCACAUAAAAUACCAUCAAAAUCAUCUUACAGGGAAAAAAUGUCUUCUGCCUCUGUAGCACAAAUGUAGCUAUACAAGGCGACUUUCCAGCUAAAAAAUAUCAGGUGCAGACCUCCAACUUGACAUAAAAUUAACUUUUUUGACUUUUCUCCAUUUUGGACAUCGCCGUCACCACGACUAGUUUUGUCUCUUGAAAUGGGGCUUUCUCAAGUGUAACCAAUCAUUCUGUGGGAGUCAAAUUUAUACCAAAACAAUAAUCAUUAUUAACUUUUAAAUACCCACAGUAUAUUGCAAUAAGGGACAUCCUUUUGAAUGGCAAAUAUACAAAAACAUAAUUUGUUAUAGCUGUACAAAAUGAAUAAUCAUUCAUAGAAAAAGAAAGAAUCGAAUAAAGGGGCAUGUCUCCUAAAUUUCAAAAUAAAGUAUAAUAUAGAAUAUAGGAAACACUAACAACUCUAAAAAUGAAAUCCUUAAUUAUUAUUAAAAAAACUAAAUAAAUUAGUUCAAAAUAAAUAUCCACUGUUUGGUAAAAAGAAAAAAGAAAUAGACUGGGGAUGUAAUAUUAUUACAGGGAGUGCAGAAUUAUUAGGCAAAUGAGUAUUUUGACCACAUCAUCCUCUUUAUGCAUGUUGUCUUACUCCAAGCUGUAUAGGCUCGAAAGCCUACUACCAAUUAAGCAUAUUAGGUGAUGUGCAUCUCUGUAAUGAGAAGGGGUGUGGUCUAAUGACAUCAACACCCUAUAUCAGGUGUGCAUAAUUAUUAGGCAACUUCCUUUCCUUUGGCAAAAUGGGUCAAAAGAAGGACUUGACAGGCUCAGAAAAGUCAAAAAUAGUGAGAUAUCUUGCAGAGGGAUGCAGCACUCUUAAAAUUGCAAAGCUUCUGAAGCGUGAUCAUCGAACAAUCAAGCGUUUCAUUCAAAAUAGUCAACAGGGUCGCAAGAAGCGUGUGGAAAAACCAAGGCGCAAAAUAACUGCCCAUGAACUGAGAAAAGUCAAGCGUGCAGCUGCCACGAUGCCACUUGCCACCAGUUUGGCCAUAUUUCAGAGCUGCAACAUCACUGGAGUGCCCAAAAGCACAAGGUGUGCAAUACUCAGAGACAUGGCCAAGGUAAGAAAGGCUGAAAGACGACCACCACUGAACAAGACACACAAGCUGAAACGUCAAGACUGGGCCAAGAAAUAUCUCAAGACUGAUUUUUCUAAGGUUUUAUGGACUGAUGAAAUGAGAGUGAGUCUUGAUGGGCCAGAUGGAUGGGCCCGUGGCUGGAUUGGUAAAGGGCAGAGAGCUCCAGUCCGACUCAGACGCCAGCAAGGUGGAGGUGGAGUACUGGUUUGGGCUGGUAUCAUCAAAGAUGAGCUUGUGGGGCCUUUUCGGGUUGAGGAUGGAGUCAAGCUCAACUCCCAGUCCUACUGCCAGUUCCUGGAAGACACCUUCUUCAAGCAGUGGUACAGGAAGAAGUCUGCAUCCUUCAAGAAAAACAUGAUUUUCAUGCAGGACAAUGCUCCAUCACACGCGUCCAAGUACUCCACAGCGUGGCUGGCAAGAAAGGGUAUAAAAGAAGAAAAUCUAAUGACAUGGCCUCCUUGUUCACCUGAUCUGAACCCCAUUGAGAACCUGUGGUCCAUCAUCAAAUGUGAGAUUUACAAGGAGGGAAAACAGUACACCUCUCUGAACAGUGUCUGGGAGGCUGUGGUUGCUGCUGCACGCAAUGUUGAUGGUGAACAGAUCAAAACACUGACAGAAUCCAUGGAUGGCAGGCUUUUGAGUGUCCUUGCAAAGAAAGGUGGCUAUAUUGGUCACUGAUUUGUUUUUGUUUUGUUUUUGAAUGUCAGAAAUGUAUAUUUGUGAAUGUUGAGAUGUUAUAUUGGUUUCACUGGUAAUAAUAAAUAAUUGAAAUGGGUAUAUAUUUGUUUUUUGUUAAGUUGCCUAAUAAUUAUGCACAGUAAUAGUCACCUGCACACACAGAUAUCCCCCUAACAUAGCUAAAACUAAAAACAAACUAAAAACUACUUCCAAAAAUAUUCAGCUUUGAUAUUAAUGAGUUUUUUGGGUUCAUUGAGAACAUGGUUGUUGUUCAAUAAUAAAAUUAAUCCUCAAAAAUACAACUUGCCUAAUAAUUCUGCACUCCCUGUAUUAUUAUAAUUAUCGCCAUUUAUAUAGCGCCAACAGAUUCCGUAGCGCUUUACAAUAAUAUGAGAGGGGUAUUUAACUAUAAAUAGGACAAUUACAAGAAAACUUACAGGAAUGAUAGGUUGUAGAGGGCCCUGCUCAAACGAGCUUACAGUCUAUAGGAGGUGGGGUGUAAAACACAUUAGGACAGAAAUAGCAAUUAAAAUAAGGUGGGAGUGUAAUAGAGCUGGAGGAGAGAGUAAAGUGCUGCCCUUUAUGAAAGAACAAGAGACAGGAAUGUAAGGUAGAGGUUACUCUGGGAGGCCAUAAGCUUUCCUGAAGAGAUGGGUUUUAAGGCACUUCUUAAAUGAUUGAAGCCUAGGGGAGAGUCUGAUGGCAGUAGGCAGGCUAUUCCAUAGGAAGGGAGCUGCCCUCGAGCAGCAAAAUCCCAGUAACUGAAAAACAAAGUUAGCACUUUAGGGGCUUGUAGCCUAAACCAAACUUUUUAACAAAAAUGUAAUUACCAUAUACAGAGCUGCCUAAAAUGUAGAUCACCCGAUGCUGUAGAACAGGGGUGUCCAAAAGGUAGAUCCCCAGAUGUUUUAAAACUACAACUUCCAUCAUGCUUUGUCAUUCUAAAGACAUGCAAAGCAUCAUGUGAGUUGUACUUCUAAAACAUCUGGGGAUCUAUCUUUUGGGCACCCCUGCUGUAGAACAACAACUCCCAAGAUGCCUUGCUUUCCUUUAGAUAAGAAAAAAUAGUGUCUGAGACUGUUUUCUCUUCUGUGUAGAUUAUACGGGAUAUGCUGGCCCAUGCUCAGUUUAGCACCCUGUGUAUAAUUCUGUGAGUGAGUGCAACCCUCUUCUUCAUUUUUUCAUGCCUUUGGAAUGACAACGCAUCAUGGAAGCUGUAGUUUUAAAACAUCCAGGGAUCUCCCUUUUGGGCCCUCCUGCCAUAGAACAAACUGAAUGAAAUGGCAAAAAAAAUUAAAAAAAAAAUUAAAUAACUACACAAAGCUACCACUAACAAAGUAAAAAAACCUUGUGCAGAUCACCUAAGACUUUUAAAAAAUAUAUAUUUACAAAAAUGUAAAUGGACAAAUUUGAUGUUAAGUCAAAGUAUGUGUAUAUACAUUUAUAUAGUAUCCAUGAUCCUGCACUCACCUUUCUGAUGUAUGUGCCACGGUGCACACGCUGGACACUCCAGGCACCCAGACCACUUCUGCCCAUUGGAGUGGUCUGGGUGCCAACUCCCACUUUUUAUAAACUGCAAUAAUUACCUUGCAGGGUUAGCUCCACCUCUAGCAGCUGUCUACUAGACAGCCACUAGAGGGCACUUCCGUGUCUCUAGCACAGAUUUUCUGUGCUAGAGCAUCGCUGGAUGUCCUCACGCUGUGUGAGGACCUCCAGCAUUGCUCAAUUCCCCAUAGGAAAGCAUUUUCAAUGCUUUCCUAUGGGGAGCUCUAAUGCGCAUGCGCGGCAUUGCAGUGCAUGCGCAUUAGGUCUCCCCGGCCGGCGGGCGGGAUCAGUCUCGACCACCGGCCGAAGUAAUGCAGAGGAGGAGCGGCGGCGACCUGAACCCACCGCCGAGGGACAUCGGCGGGGGUCUCAGGUAAGUGACUGAAGGGUUUUUCACCCCUUCAGCAACCGGGGAUUGGGAGGUGGGAGGGAGAGGGGACCUGCAAUGCCAUGAAAACGGAUUGUUUUCCUGGAACUGGAGAGUACCUUUAAUCAGGAAAAUGUGUCUUUAUUAAUCACACUCGGGUUACAUCAUAUCGACGUUUCAGUCCAUAUCAGGACUUUCACUAGGAUAUAUUAUGUAUAUAUACACAUACAAGUACAUAUACAUAAUAUAUACAUAAUAUAUACACAUAUACACCAUCGAACAGAUAAGGAACUACACUUAUUCAUAUGAGCAAAAAAUAAUAAUUAAGUGGUGCAACUAGGCCUGGGGCUAGCACAAAUCCCAAAUAGUUGAAUCAAAUUAAGAAGAAAAAGGUCCAGGCAUUCCAAAGCUCAAUAAGGCACAUUUCUUGGGGGAACAAAGUGUAUCGACCAGAGUUUCGACCUUACAAUGGGUCUUUGUCAAGCUAACACCAAGAGGCAGUAUAGUUAUGAUAACGUGACAUUUACAGUAAAACUAUUAACAAAAUAAGGUAACUAGAUCAUUAGAAAGCAUACUUGCUCAAUGUUCAUAUCUCCACCAAAACAAUGGCUGCCAAAAAAGAGCCAGAUAACCAAGCAAAAAAUAUAACAAUCCCAAUCUUGAUGUUAUAAAUAUGCUCCCUUUUUCUUUUUUAGAGGGGGCUAGAGAGCUGUCCCAUAUAUUGUAGGCUGCAUAGACAUCUUAGCAAAUGUAUUACAUUAUUACUCUUACAAGAUAUAUUUUCUCUAAUGGAAUAUUCCUUGCCUUUAACAUUAGAUUUAAAACUCUUGAAACAAAUAUGUAUUUUAUUGUAUGAUGAGCAAUAUUAAAAUCAAAGACUACGGGAUCAAAAUCGUUAAAUUCAUUAUCCUUCAUUAUUUCUUUAAAAGUCAUACAAAUUGUGGGAUAAUACUAACCUUCCUGUUAGCUACAAUCAAUACUUCAUCUGGAUAUUUAUGUUCUUAAAACUUAUGUAUUAGCACAGUUGCUUGUUUCUCAUAUUCAGAUUUAUCUGUGCAAUGUAUUUUAAUGCCAAACACAUGUCCUUUAGGGAUAUUAUGUAACCAUGAUGAAAAAUGUCCACUAUUAUAAAGUACAUGAUUAUUUGCAUCGACAUUUUUAAAAUGGUUUCAAGUUUUUAAUUCUUUACUCUCAACAUUAUGUCUAUAUCUAGAAAAACUAGUUUAUGGUCAUCUAUAGUGCUUGUUAGCUGUACCCCCCAAUCGUUGUUAUUAGGAAUUAUAAAAACUUUAAAAUAUAUAUAUAUUUGGUAACUCUCCAUAAUAUUAACAUAUUAUCUAUCUAACGGUAAUAGAAAAGUAAUAUUUUAGAGCUAUUUACUAUUGGUAGCAGCACGUCCUAUAGUCACCUAGGGCGCCAGAUUUGAGUGACUGGCGUGGCCUGGUGGCGCGGACCGCGGUACAGAAACAUAGAAACAUAGAAACAUAGAAUGUGACGGCAGAUAAGAACCAUUCGGCCCAUCUAGUCUGCCCAAUUUUCUAAAUACUUUCAUUAGUCCCUGGCCUUAUCUUAUAGUUAGGAUAGCCUUAUGCCUAUCCCACGCAUGUUAAACUCCUUUACUGUGUUAACCUCUACCACUUCAGCUGGAAGGCUAUUCCAUGCAUCCACUACCCUCUCAGUAAAGUAAUACUUCCUGAUAUUAUUUUUAAACCUUUGUCCCUCUAAUUUAAGACUAUGUCCUCUUGUUGUGGUAGUUUUUCUUCUUUUAAAUAUAGUCUCCUCCUUUACUGUGUUGAUUCCCUUUAUAUAUUUAAAUGUUUCUAUCAUAUCCCCCCUGUCUCGUCUUUCCUCCAAGCUAUGCAUGUUAAGAUCCUUUAACCUUUCCUGGUAAGUUUUAUCCCGCAAUCCAUGAACCAGUUUAGUAGCCCUUCUCUGAACCCUCUCUAAGGUAUCAAUAUCCUUCUGAAGAUACGGUCUCCAGUACUGUGUACAAUACUCCAAGUGAGGUCUCACCAGUGUUCUGUACAAUGGCAUGAGCACUUCCCUCUUUCUACUGCUAAUACCUCUCCCUAUACAACCCUAUACAGGAGCAUCUGUUUCCUGUACCUUGCCAGACUGACAGGAAGUGCUCACUGAGAGAGCACUUCUUUUCAGUCCGUCCGGGUACAGGAAACAGAAGCUCCUUUGCCACGCUACAGUGAUAGGAGGCACAACAGGGAGGAUAACACUAGGGAGGGGAGAGAGGACCAUUAAGAUGGGGGAAGGGAGGAUCAUUAAGAGCUGUGGAGGGAGGACCACUAAGGAGUUGGGGGAGAGGGAGGACCACUAAGGGGUUUGGGGGGGGAAGACCACUAAGGGGUAGGGUGGGGAGAGGGAGGACCACUAAGAGGGGGAGGGGGAGAGAGAUGACCACUAAGGGUGGGCAGAGGGAGGACCACUAAGGGGGUGGAGGAGAGAGAGGUUCACUAAGGGGGGGAGGAAGGACCACUAAGGAGGGGGAGGGAGGACCACUGGGGGCGAGUGAACUAUAAAAAAAUAAAAAAUAAAGAGCUGCUCCCCUCUCAACCCCUUUCCUACCCCACAAAAGCUCUCUUUCAAACUACACACAUACACAAUGCAUCCUUAUACAUACACAGACACACUGAAACACACAGUGCAUCCCUUUCGCACACACACACACACACUGCUUCUCUUACACACACACACACACACAGAAACAAAAUGCAUCUCUUACGCACACUCAAUGCACCCCUUACAGACACACACUGCACUGCAUUACAUACACAGAAACACACCUUGCAUUCCUUACAGAUACACCCAGAAACACACAAUGCAUUCCUCACACACUGCAUCCCCUAUACACACACUAUAUCCCUUACACAAAUUGGUAUCCCUAUACACUACAUUCCAUAAGAACACACACACAUUACAUCCUCUACAAUGACACAUAACACAUCCCCUACACACAUCCGCAUACACUCCACUCCCUGUGAGCGAACUCAUGGGUGGGCCAUGUAGGUGGACUUAUGGGCGGUCCUUGUAGGCAUACUCAUGGUCAGGCCCUGGGGACCCAGACCUUGAGCUAUAUAAGGGGCCCCAAAAAAUGGAGCUGCUUCUUGUUCAUUGAUUUUUUGUGGACACUGAUUUUUUGUGGACACAAACAGUCUCCAAAGAUCCUCUUCUACACCAGACCUGUGGAGCCAGACUGCAGCCUGAGCCCAUCAUCAUCCUCUUGUCCUCAUUUGGUGGUAAGAAGGCAAUCCAGUAUAUUAUUAGCGGCACUAAUCUCUAAUUUACCUCACAUUAAAGGGCCAUUAUAGUCACAGAACCACUACAGCUUAAUGUAGUGGUUAUGGUGUCUAUAGCCUGUCCCUGCAGGCUUUUUACGCUUAACACACUGCCAUUUCAGAUAAAAGACACUGUGUGCAGCACUGGUGUAGGCCCAUAUGGCAGAUCAUAUGGGUGGGGUAUUGUGAUGUCACAUGGUGAGCAGAACAUAUGGGGGCGGCAUAUUUUUUGUUUGCCUAGAGCAGCAAAAAUCCUUGCACCAGCCCUGAUUGGUAGUAGGCAUGAAAGAAAUAUUCUGAAUGUGUCUGUAUUGUCUUUUUGCAGAUCGCUGCAAUGAAGUUGUUCAGUCUGGCUUUCAGGAACACUUUCAACCAAUCGUUGUUAAUAAUAGCCUGAUCUGUGUUUCAAGCUGCAGUCCAAAUUCAAAAAGCUAUUUAAAUUGUCAUGAUGGCACCUGCCAAUUACAAAAGGUCACAGGAGCACAUUGUCUGUGAGUAUAUGUUUUGGUUUAUAGAACAAUCUCUAUAUACAAAAUAAUGCUUCUUACUGAUACAGCAUUCUACUAUGUGUCAUGAGAUAUGGUGGGGUAGUAUAUAAAUACAGCCUCACGCAAAGACACUUAUAAUGAACCCAUUAUCUAAUAUUGGAUGCAAUGCUUCCCGGAUUUAGCAAUUAUAUGUUAACAGUUGUUUGUCUGGCCUAAAAUGUGUGUUUUUGUGUUUUUUUGUUUAGUAACUUUGUAUUGCUCUAUCUUUGUUUUGCAGUUGUCCAAAAACAGAAACAUACGUAUAUACCUCCCAGGGGUGCCAGGGAAAGAUAUUAAAGGCAGGAUUAUAUGGUGGUAUUGGUGCGGGAAUUGCAGCGCUUGUAAUAUUUAUUUUCACUUUGAGUUUCUUCAUGUUUCGAAAACACCAGAAAAAGUAAGUACUGUUUUUGGAAUAUAUUGUUUGCUUCCUUAUGUUAUGUGUCUGUGCUUUGAGAUUUAUAAAUAUAUAUGUAAACUGGCCUGAUUUCAUUCAUUUGUAAUAUUCUAGCUCCCUUAUACCUGUACAUUGUGUGCUCGGAUAGUUAUAUAACUGCAACGCUCUGUGAAUUUAGGCAUACGUUAUUCAAAGAUGAUGACAAAUCAUGGUAUGAAGACUAUGACGAUGAAUGGAGUGUUGAGCGAGGAAUCACCAACCUAAGUGAGGCAGUAUAUGAAGGUAUGUAAACAGCUGAAAAGUACCACAAUCCAGCUAGAAUGACUAAAAAUGAUAAGUCAGCCUUAUGUUGGUGUUACUAAAAACAUUCCAGGGACAGACUCAUAGCUCUUUCUGUUUGUAUCACUAAAUCAGCCCGCGGGAGCAGAGACUGACUCAUAGCUGCUUCUGUUGGUGUCACCUUGCAAGCAGAAGAAUGGAUGCAUUGCUCUUUUUUUGUGACCAUAUGCAGGGAAGGAUGUUUAGAAAGCAAGUCUAACUAAAUGUUCCUUUUUGUCCAGAUUAUCAGCAAAGAUUCCGACCAGCCCUUGAGAAUGUAGAUACAACCACCCAGGUAGGCAAAGAUUGACUUUCUCUUCCUCUUCGUAUAAUUUCUCUUUGUUUCCUUCCCUGGAUUACUUUUAUUUCCAUUCUUAUAUUUUUUUAUGAUUGACUGCUUUUUAUAGAUUGACAUUGUAUUUUGUUGUACAUUAUGUCAUGGCAUUGUGCUUUUCCAUCUCUGUUGGAAGGAAUUUUCUCUGAAUUUUAGAAUUUGUACAAUACAUUAAUUUAUUGAAACUCUUUCAACUUUUUUUCCCCCAUGUUCUUAUUUCAUUAUUGGUCCUCUUUCUUCACUAACCUUCACAUAAUCGUUACUUCUUGUACAGGUUAAAAUACAGAGACCAGAGGUUUUGAAAAAAUGA